UUUGUCAUUGAUUAGUCGUCGAUAGCUCAGAACAAAAUUCAAAUAACAAAAUGAAAUUCAUCAUUGUAUUCGUUGCUCUCUUCGCCAUUGCCUUGGCUGCUCCUCCCCAUGCUCAAGAAGCUACCGUCUUGAGAUCCGAAUCUGAAGUAGGACCCGAAUCCUACCAAUACGCUUACGAAACUAGCGAUGGCAACAAAGCCGAAGAACAAGGUCAAUUGAAGAACAUUGGUACUGAAGAAGAAGCUAUCGUCGUCAAGGGCUCAUACUCCUUCGUUGCUGAUGAUGGUCAAACCUACACCGUCAACUAUGUUGCCGAUGAAAACGGUUUCCAACCCCAAGGUGCUCAUUUGCCCGUUGCCCCUGAAGCUUAAGUUGUGAUUGUUAUUUAGUAAUAAAUAUUUUUAUUUAAAAGAAAAA